AUGGUGGCCAGACAGAGGUCUAUCUUUGAUUUUAGAAAGAGCAAAGAAGAGAUUUACAUCGAUCUUACAGGCGAUGAUGAUCCAGAAGACGUAAUUGUUGCAAAUAAAAGUGAACAUGAACUUCAUCUAAAUACCACAAAUGGCAAGAAUGAAGAAGAAAAGAAACUGGAAAUGCCCAAAUUAGAAUGUAUUGAGAUAGAUUCAACAAUACAAACAGAAACAGAGUCUGUGAAUUGUCCUAUUUGCUCAGUUAACAUGGAUGAUCUUGUGGUGGAUCAAAGGAUGGAACAUGUCAAUCAAUGCCUUCAAAAAUUAGAUAUCAAGGAGGAAUUAGAACAGCAGCCCAUACCCAAGAAGAGUAAUAAGAGGAAACAAUCAAACUCUCAACCUCGUAGCCGUGUAGUGCCAGAAAAUGUCAAGUAUGUGAACAAGUUGCAAGAUGAGGGUGCUACUGAUAAACUAAUCAAAGUCCCAACUACUAUCAAGCGUAAUUCAGGUAAGAAACUGCCCAUACCGAUAGUGAAAAUCCUCACAUUUGACGCCGGUCACAGUGUAGCCGUUGAUGCAUUCUGCUAUGCCCCACAUGACUCCAUUGACCAGUACUUUCUUACCCAUUUCCAUGCUGACCAUUAUGGUGGGAUUUCCAAGAAUUGGUGUUACGAACGAGUAUUUCAAAGUGAUGAGAUAUCAGACGAAAACUAUAAACAUAUCAUAUAUUGUACACCGAUAACGGGGAAAUUGUUAACGCUCCGCUUUAGUAUCGAUCCACGGUUUAUUGUCCCAUUGGAACUUAAUCGUACAUAUAUGGUGAAAGACUAUAUAAACAAGACUCAACAUCCACCCUUACUCAUAGAAGAUACAUCGAAUCCUGGACUAUAUGUGACACCCAUAACUGCAAAUCAUUGCCCCGGGGCAGCCAUUUUCCUUUUCCAAUCUAUAUCACUUGAUCUCAUAUCAACGUAUACAUUACACUGUGGUGACUUUAGAGUGAAUCGUGAAAUUCUUGAACAUCCAAAGUUGAUCCCAUUCCAUGUCAACAGUGGCACCAAAACAUUAAAUCGGGUGUAUUUAGACACAACUUAUAUGGACCCAGCGUACAAUUUUCCUAAACAGGAAACUGUAUGUACUGAAGUGUCAAAUAUGUUUGUAGAUCUUCUUGAAGACGAACAAGACGAUUCGAAGGCGAAAAGCUUAUUCACCACGUGGUUUGGAAACCUUCAUCAAUCUCGUAUUACUGACUUCCUCACUAGUAGGUCCUCAGAUAACCCUAAAAAGAAAAAGUUUUUAAUUCUUGUGGGUACAUAUUUAAUUGGUAAGGAAAACCUUGCCAUUGCUAUACUGAAACGAUUGAAAUGUCCAAUUUAUGUAUCUAAUAUCAAUAGCCGAGAUGACAAGGUUCAAAUUUUAAAGACGUAUGGAGACGACUAUUUGGAUGAAGUACUCACCAAUAGCGACAUUGGCCAAGGUUCAGAAGCAUCUUGUGUUAUCCAUCUUGUACCCAUGCAGAUUGCAGGCAAUCUCACAGAGUUAUCCAAAUACUUCAACCAUAAUAAAUAUCAUGCAGCAUUUGAAAGAUGUGUUGGUUUAAGACCAACGGGGUGGACAUUUCAAGGCGGUGGUGGGGGUCAUUACCGUCCCAAGGAAACUGCACCACUUCAACAGCAUGAAUUAUUCCAGAUUCUCAAGGAGAUUCCAACCUAUUCCUUUAUGGACAAUAUAUUACCACAAGCACCAUCGCUUGAUGGUAAGAAUCCUAGAGCACGACCAAAUAAACGACCCGAUAGCGCAUUAUACCGCAUUUAUUCAUUACCAUAUAGUGAACACUCAUCAUUCCGUGAAUUGUCUUACUUUGCAGUGCUAUUAAAUAUUGAAAAUCUUAUCCCAACGGUAAACAUCAGUAAUGAGAUAAGCAUACAGAAAAUGAAUGAUUUGAUAAAGACAUGGGAAACAGCACGAUCGGAAAUCGAAACCAUGACCAAACAUUUAAGUAUCGAUGAUUUUUAA